AUGGAGCGUAUCUCAAAGUUCAACCUGGUCCAUCGCUUUGAGAAGCGAGCACUUUUGAUCGCCAUCAACUGCGUUGCUGCUCUCUCUAUUUUCUUCUUUGGCUAUGAUCAAGGUGUGAUGGGAGGAGUAAACACCGCCCGAAGCUACGUCGAUAUCAUGAGCUUUGGCCACUGGAACGAUGUUACCAAGUCUGUGAUCAUCGACAAACCUACCCUUCAGGGAGGCAUUGUCGCUGUGUAUUACUUGCCAGCUCGCAUAUUCAAUGGUAUUGGGACUGGCAUAUUGAACGCAAUUACUCCAGUCUGGGCGACCGAGACUGCCGAGCACACCUCCCGAGGUCAAUUCGUCGCUAUCGAAUUCACACUAAACAUAUUUGGGGUGGUUGUUGCCUACUGGAUUGAAUAG